AUGUUGACAAAAGUGCCACAUACUAUUCUUGGAGAAAACAAUUACACAAGCUGGGCAGCAUGCAUGAAAAACUACUUGACAGGGAAAGGUUUAUGGCAGAUUGUUGAUGGCAGUGAACCUAAAACAAACCAAACUGAUGAUCAGUAUACUCUCAAGACAUGGGAAAAACAUAAUGCAAAGGCUUUACAUGCCAUUCAAAUUUCUUGUAGUUCCAUAAUGUUCUCCUACAUCAGCAUGGAGAAAACUGCAAAAGCCGCGUGGGAUCGUUUGGCGUUGGCCUCUAUUCAUCGUUGGAACGAUCACAUAGUAGCCUUCCAAGCUGAACUCACACUGGACAAACAAGGUAUUUCUGCAAACGCGGGGACUUUCGAAGAUACCAACAUUCCCUAUAUGGUUUUAUACCAUGCUGCUGUCAAUGGUGAGCAGAGAAGUAUCGAAAAGUUUUUUGGAAGGUACCCAGAGACAGUGAGUGCUAGAAUAGCAACAGACGGAGGGACGGCUCUCCAUACUGCUGCUUUGCACAGGCACGACAAUCUUGUCGAACUGCUUGUACCAUUGAUGCCACAAGAGGACUUGGAACUACGAACAACUAGCGGCGCAACAGCCCUUCACAUUGCUGCAACGGGCAAGUCGGUUGAGAUGGCGGAGGCAAUGUUUGCAUUGCUGCUCUUUAUGGUGAUAAACGAAUGUUGCGGUAUUUGUAUUCGGAGACUUCCGCGGAGGAACUAA